CGUUGUGGCGACUCUGGACAUUUUUUUAAUAUCGCGAAUCUACGCCACGUUCACAGACCAAUAGAAUGAUUGCCUACUAAAUGGCUGCGCUGAUUGGUCAAAUGAUCACACGUCACUCCAUCGGGUCUCUCUCGUGGCUUUAAUGAAAAGACAACCGGCAGCAUGGCGGAAAGCGGAAGGCGGAAGUGGAGUUGAUGCCGAUGCAGAAAGCGUCGCUCCACCGCAAUUGUGGUCGCUUAUGCAAAGUCAUAUGUUUCUUGACAGAGGUUGCUCGGCAACGGCUCCGGAGGUGACGCUCUUUUAUCAGGAAGCAGCCGAAGCGACGUGUUUCACUCAGGUCGGUACGACACCUGCUGCUCACCUGCUGCUCACCUGUCUCUCCACAGGUCCGGAGACACAACCCGCUUUUAUCGACUGACGCUCGAGAGCAGUUCAUGAAGUCAGAUGAAAUCCACAAACGGAUGGAAAUGUGUGACUCAGGCGGCCACAGUCGAACUAACAGACGAAUGGUGAAGCAGGCCUGGAACCAAAAGGCUUCGUCAGCGAGAUGACACAACAGUCUGGUUAUUGUGGAACUGAACCUGAACUCUGUGGAGUGGACUUCCUGCCUGCCUAUCCAGUCUGCGUGCGAGGAGGAGAAGAAGAGGCGAAUCCAAGCUCCGUGCUCGAGUACUCGUUCUAUCUAGAUGACCAGCACGGCACCGUCAUGGGACCCGUCUCCCCUCCUGACACGACAAUGAUCCAGAGGCCUUGUCCCUUCAUACCUCUCCCUAGUCCAGUGACAACCAUUGCUACUGCAAUCGACUUAAAUCCAGCAGUCUCCAGCCCCAUGACUGACUCCUGUAGUCCCAUUUGUUCCAUGUGCAAUCCCACCGCUUCUGACCGGGACACUCUCAGAUCCACAUCCACGAGUCCUGGCUGCUCUGACAGGGAUCCCGUCUGUGCUGCUGCUCACCUCCACCUCUUGGGGGAGUCCUUGUCCCUGAUUGGACACCAUCUUCAGCAAACAGAUAAAAUGGUGUGCGUGUCCAGCAGCUUGUCUCUGCUCUUGGACUCUCUGCUGUGUGCCCUGGCUCCGAUAACCUGCCUCACCGCACAGAUACCGGAGCUCAGGAGCUGCACACAACACACGCUGGCCUCUACUCUGGAAAACAUUGCCUAUGUGAUGCCUGGGCUGUGAGCAGUGAUGAAGAACCCACAGGUCACACUUCGCAUGUUUGGAUAUGUUGAAAGACACAUAAGGAAAAUAAGAAUCAAAUCUAUUUUAUUAUAAAAUAAUAUUUAUUUUUACUUAACACUUUAUUUUUAUGUUAAUCACAAGUUUACUUCAAUGUAUCAGUUUAAUUUUUGGGGGGGAAAUUAAAAUAUGUGUUUGAACACAAAAUUUUGCAACUUUUCUU